AUGUUGAACCACGAUCAACAGCGGCAGUAUGCAACGGGUCCGCGGCAGGAUAGUGGACAACCGCAAGCCGGCACGAACGGUAGCCAUUCGUCGGCAGAGAACUCUCCUGACCAUAACUGUACCGCCACCAGCUUCUUCAUGUUCGACGAGCUCAGCUCGGCACUGCACGAUGAGCGUAACAAUGGCAACAGCAACCACCAUCAUCGCCAGCAGCAGCACCGGGUGCAGCAAUCGCCCGCGAACGGAAGCAGCCCCAAGUCUGCGGUCAGCUCCAACAACUCCGGCAGCACCAACAGUUUGCUCAGCAAUGGCGACAGUCUAAUGGCACGAAUCAAUCAGCUCAAUCAGCAGCAGCAGCAGCAGCAUCAUCACCAGCAGUACAGUGCUAGUGGUACCGGAUCACCGUCGAAUGGUGCAACGAUCGACGGUAGCACAAUAGGAGUGGUCGCAACCAUGCGCACUUCGCCCACGAAUGGUUGUGGCAGUGCGGCGGUCAGUGCCCUUGCACAACAGCACCAGCAGCAAAUGCUCGCGUCCGCAUUGGUACGGAGCGGUGGUGGCGCAUCCUUUGCGCAACACUCACCGAUCGAUGGUACGGAUGGCACAACAUUCCCAACUGCCGCAACGGUCACCAGCAUCCAGCAACAGUAUGGUGGUGGUGGUGGUAGUGCCCAGUUCCACAACAGCUUUGCUCAAACCGGUCACCAGCAACAGCACAAAGUGACCUUUUAUCAGAGCCAACAGCAACAGCAGUACCAUCUUCACCAUCACCAGAACACACAGCAGAGGCCGGGUUUCGGUAAGUCUCCCGAUGCGCACAUUGAUCCCAGCAGGACGGUCACACAACUGAACCACGCAAUGGAACUGUUCGAAGCCGCGGGAACCACCAACGCCACCACAACCACAGCCACCAAUGGCGGUGGGGACAACUAUCAUUUCAAAACGCUGGUACCGUCGGUCGCGGCCGGUGCCAUCAUCGGCAAGGGUGGCGAAACCAUUGCCUCACUACAGAAGGACGCCGGUGCCCGGGUGAAGAUGUCCAAAUCACACGACUUCUAUCCCGGAACCACCGAGCGUAUCUGUCUCAUUAGCGGCACGGUCGAGGGCAUCCUGACCGUGCUCGAUUUUAUCACUGACAAGAUCCGUGAGAAACCCGACAUUACCAAAGCACUGACCGAGGCGGACGCGAAGCAGGCCCAGGAGCGCGACAAGCAGGUCAAGAUCCUGGUGCCGAACACGACCGCGGGCAUGAUCAUCGGUAAGGCCGGUGCGUACAUCAAACAGAUCAAGGAGGAGUCCGGCUCCUACGUGCAGAUCUCGCAGAAGCCGAAAGAGCUGACGCUGCAGGAGCGUUGCAUCACGAUCAUCGGCGAGAAGGAGAACAACCGGAUUGCAUGCAAGAUGAUCCUGGCCAAGAUCGUUGAAGAUCCCUCAUCCGGCACCUGCUUGAACGUAUCAUACGCAGACAUCAACGGACCGGUGGCCAACUUCAACCCCACUGGUUCGCCAUUCGCCGCCUCACAGAAUCCCAAUUUCAGCUCCAGCACCGCCUCACUCAACUCCGCCAUCAGCGGGCCUCUGCCGAGUGCGACGGCCACCGGUUUGCUGGUCAACGGCACCGGACUCAAUCUGUCAUUAAACCUAGGUGCACCAUCACCACAGACUAAUCCUACAGCUAUCACACAAUUGCUUGAUCAUAUUAAGACUGCCAUGAGACAGUCCGGCUACUCGGACACGGCUACGGCUGAGGUGCAUGCCGCACUCACCGUGCUGGCUAAGUAUGGCGUCCUUGGCAUCGGUGUCGGUCUCCAGAAUGGUACACACUCGACCACGCUCGGCUACCUGGGCAUGCCGGAAAUGCAACAGUCGACAGCGGCCGCAGCGGCUGCAGCAUCGGCCGCCACCGGCGUCUACGGUGCCGUCGGUCAGCUCAACCUCGAUUCGUUCCUUCACGGAGCGGGCACGGCGACGCCCCGCACCACCACCAUCGAUCGCUACGAUCCGACCACGUUCGAUCCGUUCCGGCAUCCGGGCACACAGGCAGCCACACCGAUCUCGAUCAACAACAACGCGUUCGGUUUGGGCAACCCGAGCGCCCUGAACGCGGCCGCACAGACGCUCGGUUCGCUCAGCAAGAGCCCGACACCGGCCGAGAUGACCACAAGCAAGGAGAAGAACGUCGAAAUCCCGGAAGUGAUCGUGGGUGCCAUUCUCGGACCGGCCGGGCGCAGUUUGGUCGAAAUCCAGCACAUAUCCGGCGCGAAUAUUCAGAUUUCGAAGAAGGGCAUCUUUGCGCCGGGCACGCGCAACCGAAUCGUCACCAUCACCGGCCAGCCGAACGCGAUCAACGUGGCGCAGUAUCUAAUAGAGGAGCGCAUCAGCCAGGAGGAGACGAAGCGGGCGUGCCAGACCGCGGCCAAUGCUGCGGCCACCAACAAAACGUCUGCCGCGUCCGUCGCCACCGUGACGCAAUAG